CUCCUCACUGACAUAUCAAGAUGGCGGCCAACGUGAGGCGUGUUGUACGGUCUGUCGGUCUUCUUUCUCCUUCUUGCAAAGGAUCACAGCAUGUCUUUAAGAAUCUGGUAACGGGCUUGAGUGGACAAGGAAGAAGAUAUCUUUCGUCAGAGGUCAGGACUGUCACUCUGAUUCCUGGCGAUGGUAUUGGACCUGAGAUAUCUGAGUCUGUGAAGCAGGUUUUUGCUGCUGCAAAGGCACCUGUYAACUGGGAGGAGGURAGCGUAACRCCAAUYAUUCUUCCYGAUGGAAGGACMACAGUCCCACCAGCUGCAAUAAACUCMAUGAACAAAAAUAAAGUUGGWCUUAAAGGGCCAUUGGAGACAAAAAUUGGCAAAGGACAUGUCUCUUUGAACCUCACGUUGAGAAAGACAUUCAACCUUUAUGCCAAUGUAAGACCCUGCAGGUCUAUUGAUGGCUACCCUACUGUAUAUGAUGAUGUAAAUCUUGUGACAAUCAGAGAAAACACUGAAGGAGAAUACAGUGGCAUAGAGCACAUUGUAGUUGACGGAGUAGUUCAAAGUAUAAAGCUUAUUACAAGGAAGGCAUCAAUGAGAGUAGCAGAAUUUGCUUUCAGCUUUGCCAAGGCCAAUAAUAGGAACUCAGUAACAGCAGUACAUAAAGCUAAUAUCAUGCGGCGUUCAGAUGGCCUGUUUCUACAAUGUUGCCGUGAGGUUGCUGAGCAAAAUAAAGAUAUUCGUUACAAUGAGAUGUAUCUGGAUACAACAUGUUUAAAUAUGGUAAAAGACCCAAGUCAGUUUGAUGUACUUGUAAUGCCUAAUCUAUAUGGCGAUAUUCUAAGUGAUUUGUGUGCUGGUCUAGUUGGCGGCUUGGGAGUCACACCCAGUGGCAACAUAGGAGAUGAUAAUGUUGCUAUCUUUGAAUCUGUGCAUGGCACUGCCCCUGAUAUCGCAGGCCAGGACAAGGCCAACCCUACAGCCCUUCUUCUUAGUGCAGUCAUGAUGCUCAAGCACAUGAAACUCAAUUCUUAUGCAGAAAAGAUAGAAAAUGCUGUUCUUGAAACUAUUAAAGAUGGCACAAUGAUAACUGGUGAUCUUGGUGGAAAGGCAAGCUGUUCUCAGUUCACUCAAGCCAUUUGCCAACRUCUGUAGGUUGAUCAAYCUUCCUACAGCACWAUGAGGACAUUAUUCUUUGUACAAAUUUCUAUAGUUAUUGACCCAAACACUAUUGGCAGUUGAUUGUAAUUUCGUUUUAUUCAAGAGAAUGCCUAAUUUUUAUUUAGAAUUGUAUUUGUACAGAAGUUCAUAUAACUUCCAAUUUGUAUAAAUUGUGGUUGGUUCGAUAUUAAUAAAAUCAAGUUUCAAUA